AUGCCCAACUCUAUGGCUCCGGCCAUGAACGUUACAAUGAUAGUUUGCAGCGCACUAUCGUUGGUCUUCAUGAGCCUGCGAUUCCUCAGCAAACACCUUGUGUCCACGAAGCUCGGCAUUGAUGACGCGGUGCUUCUCUUUUCUUGGUUGCUUUUUGUGACAUUCAUUGUCCUGUCGAUUUAUGCUACAAAGUUCGGGCUCGGGAAGCACUAUGAAGACGCGGAUUUGACACUGCUGCCGCGUCUGCUAUACCUAUUACCGAUUGGCCAAUUCUUUGCCGUCAUCUCGGUUGCCGUGUCCAAGUCGUCCUUCAUCUUGACACUACUGAAGCUAGUGACUGUGGCCUGGCAAAAGGCCGCGUUGUGGUUCAUGCUUGUGACCAUCAACGGGUCCAUGUUCAGCAUUGCUGUCGUUCAGUUCUUUCAAUGUUCGGUUCCGCCUACUCCAGGAUGCGUUCAGAACGACGCCGUCAUCGGGUUGGGGUCGUACGCAGCAGGGUACUCAGCCACCAUGGAUUUAGUCCUUACGGCAUUCCCAGCCAUUAUUAUCUGGAACUUGCAAAUGAAGAGCAGUGACAAGUUUGGUAUCAUUGCCUCUAUGAGCUUGGGCAUAGUAGCCGGUGUUGUGGGUAUCUACAAGACUUCCACAAUUGGCCUUGUUGCUCGUAACGCCGACUUUACCUACGGAACGGCCUUCCCCCUGAUCUGGCUUUCUGCUGAAGUCAGUGCAACUGUCAUCGCCGCCUCAAUCCCCUUCUUUAGGCCGCUAGUCCGCAUGGUUAAGGGCACAGAGGCGAAGGACUCUUCCUACGCUUUGUCCAAAGUUAGCCGGCCUGGCACGAACCCUCUCAAUAGAACCCACGAGCAGCUAGAGGAUGACAGUAGGAGCGACCAGUUUAUCUUGAAGCCGGGCGCAAACAAUAUCUUGCGCGAGACAACUUACACCGUCCAGCACAGUUACGAGGGCGAAGACAAAGCUAGCGAUACUGACCACUCUCACCGUAAUGCUUACUAG